GACUCAUUUCCUAUAACACAAAAAAUAAUAGGCCCUUUUUAUCCCCGUGAUAUCUAACGUUGGAGGGUAUUUUCGCCGGUGGAAGUAAUCCGCAAAAUCCUUCAAAAUGCUAGUCUUCUUGGACAAAAACUUUGCUGAUGACCACAAGGAGCUGUUUACUGAUGUCAACAAGUUCACAUUGAUAGACGACGUCAUUUAUGAAGUGGAUGGAAAAACUGUCACCGAAAAAUUUGACAGCAGUGCAGUGAAUACCGGUGCCAAUGCCUCAGCAGAAGAAGCCGAAGAAGGCGCCGAGGACGGAAGCACGCGGGGACCAGACUUCGUCCUUGCCUGUCGACUCAAGAAACUAGACAAUCCCUUUUCCAAGAAAGAAUAUCUCACAUACCUAAAGAACUACCUGAAGACGCUGGACUUCCCAGAAGAUCAGAAGAAGGAACUCCAGGCCAAAAUCCAGAAAUACAUGCUCACCAACGUUUUCCCGGAUAAGAAGAAGUUUGCCGAAUUUGAGCAGUACGUAGCCGAGGAGUUGUUCGUUGAUCUGACGACGCAGCCGUACCCCAUGAUCUGUUUGUUGAAUUACCGAGAAGACACAGAUGCCCCGUAUAUGGUGGUUUUCAAGCACGGCUGUUUGGAACAGAAGCUUUGAUGCCAUGAUGGGGAUAUUCUCCACGCACUGCUUCAGACCAGAAAAGAAUUCAUAUCUAUUAAAGAGCUACAGCAUCUCCGAAUGGUUAGGUGACACAGAAUAAAACUUGGAUUAGACAUGUAAUAUGCGAUGUAAUAUACAAAUUAACCCACGAAUCCACCACCCCUUUCUCAACAUAAAUUGUAUUUGUGUAUACUAAACACUUGUAUUUUGAUUUGAAAGUGGGUAGGUGGUAUUUUGUCACCUAAUUACUGGAAAUUGUCCGAUGUCCUGCAGCAAAACUGUGAAAAGCCUUUUUUGUUUCCUUCCGAAUCCAGACCGUAUCUUAAAUAUGCUAUUUAUUGAUAAAUUUUUACCCCCUCAUAAUCAGAGUACAUUUCUGUGAAUAAUUAAGACAUCAUAGACAAAGAAGUGUAUGAAACCAGCUGGUAAAUGCUGAUGAUCGUUCGGCAAGCGAGGUUGGAUUGUUGUUUUCGUUUCAGUAGAAAUUGUAAAUCAUGAAAAUUUGUGUCUAUUGGGUUUCAGUUGUACAGUGGAACGCCUCUAUAACGAACAUCACCGGAUCAACAAAAAUUGUUCGUAAUAGCGAUCGUUGGGUAUGGCGAUUUUAAGCUGCUGGUGCUGCACUCUGGUUAUGACGUACAAAUAGUACCCUUCAGAACUUUAGCUUGCACGCCCUGGUAGUUACUGAAAGACGACUUUGAACACGUGCCGACUAUUGAAUUAUGUAAUUGCGCAGUUUUUUAAUUUACUACCUACACCAACUGGUGGCUUUCCCCUCCUAUUCCUUGAGGAAAUAAUAACCACUUGUCGCUCUUCUGUGGACAUUUUUCAACCAUAAUGUUGGGUGCGUUUUGUACACAAAAAUCAGGAGCCAAGGACGAUGUUCGGUAUAACGGUGUUUGGUGUAGCGACGUUCCACUGUUCUACAAUUGUCAUUGGUAUGUUAUCUUCUAAUUGCUGUAGUUUAAUAUCUGCGCGGCCAAAAUAUAUACAUGCGUUAGUGAAUCAACUCUUCAUUCAAUUGCUUUGAGCAAUACUACCUCUAACUGCUCGAUGUACCAUGAAGCUAUCGGAAUUGACCUAUCGCGGUAGAAUCGCGUUAGAAUCACGUCAACGCAGCAUGUGAAAUACUGUCCAAUUAUAUGAUAUACAGUUGGACUCCCAACAGUUGGACGAAGCUUUGAGCCAAAAAUAACAUUCAAUGUGCACCAUGAUUUUAAAUCUGCAUAGUUGUACAUUGUAUAGCCUUGUGGUCCGUAAUAUACAAUUCAGCAUACAUUUGAGGAUUUAUUGACGUUUUGAUGAACGCAAUUUUCAUCAUGUAUUUAUUAUAUUAAGAAAGGAUUUAAAAAAUGAUGGCCCAGUGGUACGUGAAUGCUUGUGUUUUAAACCCUUCGCUAUAAAUAAUCGUCAUGUAAGCUUAAGUUCAUUUGGAAUUGCUGUCAUUUAGGGCUAAUAUAUCACUCUGCUAUGAAAUAAAAUCUUCAUUUGAGAAAUUGAUCUCAAAAUAUUUGCAAUUACA